UUUCUUGUAACUGCCAUAUUGACUUCUGGGCGGUCUGGACAGCGGUGUGGACAGCUUGUUACAUCAGAAUUAGCUGGAUUGGAGAAAUUACACAUUCAAGAGUAGGAGAUAGAAGAAAUAUAAUCUUUGAUCCUGACGGGACACUUUUGCGCAACAUGGUGGCUGAGCAAGAGACUAGGGGGCAAGCCAAGGAAAACGAGAACAAUGGUUUGAUGCUGCACAUCACAGGCUCCAUAUCGUCGGCUUUGAGACAGUGGUAAACGGACGAGCUAGUAGGCUACCAACCAUCGAGGGAGGGAGUGAAGGCAUAAAGAAAGAAGAGGGUGGGAGGAGAGAGAGAGAGAGAGAGAGAGAUGAGACAACGUGAAUGAAGGGGAAAAAAUCUCAUGUGACCCCGCGUGAAAACCGUGAUGCAGUUUAAUGAAACCAGUUAGCAAAGAGAAAUAACUGAACCGCCAGUUCGAAAAUACCGUCCAAAUAAGGGAGUAUAAAGUAGCCUUAUCCGCAGUGUGUGGCUUUAAGGUUAGCCCAUCUCCUUUAAGCACCUGAGCCGGAUCUCAUCCGGAUGACCAAGAAGAGGCAAUAAGCGGAACACGGUACAGAAGCGGGAGAAGCAAGAAACGAGCAGCCUAACAUCGGUCGCUGUGACACUGCAGUGUCCAUUAUUUCAUAGUUGAAUUGGGUGAGGGGGCAUCGGGAGUAACAUUGUUGCGGCUGCGGUUCCGAAGGUGCGCACAUGUCGGCACGUUCUAAUUCGCCAUCCCCGCCCUGCGCGGAUGCUGCUCACUGGGUCUGACAGCAGCGGUGGACCUUUUGCAGAAUAAAGGAGUAGUGCAUGAGCAGCAGGAGACGACGGCGAGACAGAGGGGAUCUAGUAUAGAGAAAGAUUUGGUGAUGAGGUGGUCGUUUCAUAUCGAUAAAGGAUGUAUUUUGUAACCUUCUGUGGAGAAGAGAGACGACUGAUGUUGUUCUGAAUUUGAGCAUAUCGCCUUUAACAACAAGAAUACCGAAAUGCACGAGUAACGGGAAAAAUAAUCGGCUGGUUUGUUUUUUCUUUCUGCAUCUUCAUACACCUCAGUGAUCUUAAAUAUAUAAAUAAAGACCAAAUUUAGGCCGAUGACUUGCUGAUGACGCCAAUACGGCAAAGCCUCCACUAUAGUAGCGAUACAUGUGCACCCUCCUGUUUCAACAUGGGAAUAUAAAUCUAUAUUAUUCGACUCUUUGUUUCUGAGAUGUAUCUAUUUUUAAAUCGAGCCCACUUAAACGGGUUUGCUAAAGCAGUCACCCUGGGCGAAUCGAAUUGAGCACCAAGUACCAUUGGCUUCCUAUAAGCUUCAAAACAAGACCCUAGCAGUUAAUUUAUUUUCUGAUCUGGAUUAUUAUUAACCGUCUCAGUUAGACCAAUCGCCGAAAAAGACUUUAUUUUUUACGGUGUCCACUUAUUGUCAAGUACAUAACGACUCCCCUGGUUGCAUCCUCCGAAAGCAUCAUCACUGCAGCGAUGGAGACUCCCACGAAGCUGCCUCCUUCCAGCCCUUCUUCACCUACUACGGGCUUUUCGGUGCCCAGCGCGGAGAAAGUGGAUGGCUUUCCCCGUCGCUCAAUGCGUCGUGCACGGCAGCGACGGUCACACAGCUCCUCACAGUUCCGUUACCAGAGCUCUCAAGUGGAGCUAACACCGCUGCCUUUAUUGAAAGAUACACCUGUGGCCGAGCUGCAUGACCUGUUCUGUAAGAAGCUGCAACAAUGUUGUGUGCUCUUCGACUUCCUGGACUGCGUGGCCGACCUCAAGGGCAAAGAGAUCAAACGCGCCGCCCUCAACGAACUGGUGGAGAGCCUUGCCACCAACAGAGGGGUUCUGAUCGAGCCUCUCUACCCCGAAAUCAUCAAGAUGAUUUCGGUGAAUAUCUUUCGAACACUGCCACCCAGCGAGAACCCUGAGUUUGACCCAGAGGAAGAUGAACCUACAUUGGAGGCCUCCUGGCCUCACCUACAGCUGGUGUACGAGUUCUUUUUACGGUUCCUUGAGAGUCCAGACUUUCAGCCUUCCAUGGCCAAGCGGUACAUUGACCAGAAGUUUGUCCUUCAGUUAUUGGAGUUAUUUGACAGUGAGGACCCAAGGGAAAGGGAAUACCUGAAAACUAUUCUGCACCGUGUCUAUGGCAAGCUGCUUGGCCUUCGAGCCUAUAUCCGCAAACAAAUCAACAACAUCUUCCUCAGGUUUAUAUAUGAAACUGAGCAUUUCAAUGGUGUUGCAGAACUGCUUGAAAUUCUAGGCAGUAUCAUAAAUGGCUUUGCUCUACCUUUGAAGUCGGAGCAUAAGCAGUUCCUGGUGCGAGUCCUGAUCCCUCUUCACACGGCCAAAUCUCUCUCCAUCUUUCACGCACAGCUGGCGUAUUGUGUGGUCCAGUUCAUGGAGAAGGACGCCACGGUUACAGAAUCGAUCAUCCGAGGACUGCUCAGAUACUGGCCAAAAACAUGCACCCAGAAAGAGGUCAUGUUCCUUGGGGAGAUUGAGGAGAUCCUGGACGUGAUUGAGCCGUCCCAGUUCAUCCGGGUCCAGGAGCCACUCUUCAAACAGAUCGCUGCCUGCAUCUCCAGCCCUCACUUCCAGGUGGCUGAGCGGGCUCUGUACUUCUGGAAUAAUGAGUACAUUCUGAGUCUGAUCGAGGAGAACUGUCAGGUGAUCCUGCCUCUGGUCUUUUCCACCCUCUACAGAGUCUCCAAAGAGCACUGGAAUCAGACGAUUGUAUCUCUCAUCUACAAUGUCCUGAAGACCUUUAUGGAGAUGAAUAGCAAGCUCUUUGAUGACCUCACUGCCUCCUACAAAGUGGAGAAACAGAAAGAGCUGAAGCGUGAGCGUGAGCGUCUGGAGUUGUGGCGCGGCCUGGAGGAGCAGCAGCAGAGGCGGCUGCAGAGCCUGAUGGAGGCCAGCAGGAACCAGAAGAACCUGCAGGGGCGAGAGAGCGCUCCCCAGAGCCCGGCGGAAAGCAGCACGGCCAACGCCACCUAGAACCUGCAAGCAGACACACACACACACACACACACACACACACACAUAUGUGCACACAAACACACGCACAUGCACACACAC